AUGAAGUCAAAUUUUUCUAAUGAGAAUAAAGUUAUUAUUCUCUUUGUUUCUCUUAUUAAUUUAUAUGAUCAUCUUGUUAUAACCUUGUUGUAUGAUAAUACAAUAUAUAUUUUUAAAAAUAUUAUUGACUCAUUGAUAGAAUAUUAUCAUUUGAAAAAAGAUAGUUGUGAACCUCAUGGUGAACGUUUAUAUGUGAAGGGUAGAAGAGAAUACUUAAGGUAA